UUAAUCCAGAAAAAAAAAAACCUCCCCGCCAUGACCUUAUCCAUGGAACUCUGCAAUCUUCUUCGUUACCAUUUUCUUCUACUGUUGCAAAAAUCGUGUCUUUUGCGCGAGCAAAAGUGUUCUCGAGAAAGAAGCAAUGGAGCUUUGUUCUUCAUCUUCAUCAUCUUCACUCCUUCGCAUUUCUUCAUCUUCAGCACCAGAAAUCUCAUUUUCACCUUCAAUUUCUCGGUUCUCAUCUAAAAUCCAAUCGAUUCUCACAAAACCCAGAUUCCAAAAUCUCCGAAUUUGCGCUUCCGUGACGGCGGAGACUCAAGGUCUUCCACGAGACAGUCCUCAACGUCUCCUCAAGGAGCUUGGGAAGCGUAAAACAGCGACAGGACCGAAGAAAAAGGUUCCUCCGAAACGAUUCAUCUUAAGACCACCAUUAGAUGAUAAGAAAUUAGCUGAGAGAUUCCUCAAUAGUCCACAAUUGUCUCUCAAGUCAUUUCCUCUACUCAUUUCUUGUCUUCCAUCGUCAAAGCUUAACAACGCUGAUAAAACAUGGAUCGAUGAGUAUCUUCUUGAAGUUAAACAAGCUUUAGGGUAUUCUCUGGAGCCUUCAGAGAUUUUAGGAGAUGAUAAUCCGGCGAAACACUUUGAUACGUUGCUCUAUCUUGCGUUCCAGCAUCCGUCUUGUGAUAGGGCACGUGCGAGGCAUGUGAAGAAUGGGCACUCGAGGCUUUGGUUUCUGGGUCAGUAUGUGCUUGAGCUUGCUUUGAUUGGGAAGAGAUCUGUGUUCUGGGCUUUGUUUGGUGCCAUCUGUCUAUGCUAUGGGAUGCCGGAAGUGUAUCGUGUACUUUUUGAGGUGUUUGGGAUGGAUCCAGAUGCUGAUGAGUGUCAGCCUCGAAGCAGGAGACAGCUCGAGGAUGUAGAUUAUGUUUCUGUUGAAUUUGAAGGCAAAAAGCUAGGUUGGCAAGAUAUUGCUACUUACAAGCCUCCUGAAGAUGCUUUAUUCGCACACCCGAGGCUAUUCAGAGCUUGUGUUCCACUGGGAAUGCAUCGUUUCAGAGGGAACAUAUGGGAUUUUGACAGCAAACCUAAAGUUAUGCAGACCCUCGGAUACCCUUUACCGAUGAAUGAUAGAAUCAAGGAGAUAACUGAAGCAAGAAACAUCGAACUUGGACUCGGUUUACAGGUGGAGUUUGACGAGGUAGGUAAGGUUACUGGUUUAACAUCUAAGGGAGAGACUGCCAAAUGCAAAUGCCAAAUGUUACAUAGAAGUAGCUCCCUGCAAUAAAAGAGGCUCUAACAACUGCAAGAGCAAUGCAACAUGAAUUGCAAUAUGUGAGUUUCAUGUUACACAGUAUAAUUUGAUAAACUAAAUGAGAUCUUGCACUCGGAUGAAACUGAAUAUCCAAGAAGCGUCAACAAUAGUACCCUUUUGGUUUGCAAUACAUGGAAUCAUCCACCACAGCCUCCACUAGUACCACUUCACGGCAUUCCGACUCCCCAAUAAAAAAUUUCAAGUGUUCCAACUCUUUAGUAGUUCCUCCAUAACCAAGAACACGCAACAGCUUCACUUGGAACGGACGCAUGGUCUCAUCGCCUAAUAUAUAUACUAAAGGAGGGUAUAGAUUACCAGUCAUAUAUGAAUAAAGAAGGGUCGAGACUCCCAUCUUUCUCCCGAUUAUGCUGACUGCUCAUGUAAGUUUUCAAACCCUAACAUCAUCAACUAAUUAGGAAACUAAACUCUUUUUUUUUUGGGGUUCAAGGAAGUUCCAAACGACAAUGUUAUAAAGGAAGACGAUAAUUUCUUGUGAA